CGAAGAGCUGCAAGAGAGCAUAUGCAUGUUCGCACAACGAGGUAAAAGGGUAGGAGAAAUGGAGAAAGAGAAAGAGAAGGGAACGGUAUGUUUCCAACAGUCGGCGGAAAUUAAUGACUGAAGCAUACGGAUAUAUCCUGUAGACACUCACCAGCUGUACUCAGGCCCGGACUGGAGGUGAACUUGGCCACGUCGACGAUUUUUACAGCAAAAGUCUGGCCGGUCUGUCGGUGAAUGCAUUUCCGAACGACGCUGAAUGGUCCCCUGAGACAAUGGAAGAGAAAGACAAAAUAAACCAGCGAGUUUCUCGGAUUGAAAGUUGGGAUCGAGUAUCUCGUACUAUGCUUUCUCGACUGUCGGGACCCGAUAAAAGCAUCGUUCGUGAACCGUCCACGAAGGAAAUUGAUAAUACGAGGGAAGGAUCAGGGAGAAGUAAUGCCAACGGACAGUUGGCAGGAUGCCUUAUGUUCGCCAAACGGAGGAAGAGAUUCCACCAAGAAAGUUUGAUGCGUGUUGUUCUAAUUGGACAUGAGUUUUUAGAGAAUGAAAAGCAAUGCUCGACAUCGGUAUGGCUAUGCAUCGUAGACCGAGACGGAUAUUAACGUUCCGUCUGUUGAGAUCAGUUGUUUCCGCAUUAUUGGACGUAUAUAGACAUAAUAGACGCCCUGACCAGGAACAGGAAAGAGAAGAGAUGGGAAAUUGAACUCGGUAAAUGGGAUUGCGAGAACGAAAGAGAGACAGAGAGAAAGAGAGAGAGAGAGAGAGAGAAGAGAGAGAGAGAGAGAGGAGAAACUUAGAAAUAAAUAACAUCGCUGACACGAGCUCGUUGGUUUCAGGGAUCCGUUUAACCGAGUGAAAUAGCACUCAACAUACCCUCCACUUUCCUCUCGAACCUAUUCAACCUUUUUCUUUGUGCCCCGUGUUCUUGUCGUUUCUCUCUUAUCGACUCGCAUGUAUUGCAUGUAUAUAUUGCGACCAGACGAGGAGUAAUAUACAAAUGUAUACGGAUAAUGAUUAAAAAAAAAAAACAUGGAGAUAAUAGAAAAUGGUUUUCGCCACGUGUCUGCACAUCGGUGGAACAAUGGGGUAUCCAGUCACGUCUGCAACGAUCUUUUUCUUACGUUGGUGUCGAGUGGAGUAACUCGGUUACAUGGAGUCAAUCUUCUUCCUCCCUCUACCGAGUUCAAGUGGAUCGAAGUUUUGCCACUUCACUGCGAUCAGCUCUACGUUUGUGUCGACCUCGAUGCUACUUUUCUACUACUUCAACGAACAAUAUGAAAUGAAUUUCGUCCUUGACGCCUAUUCAAUAUCACGCUUUGCAUUUGUAUAUAUAUAUAUAUAUCCACGAGGCAUGUUCCUCUUGGCACGCCCGAAAACCCGAUCUCUUUGAUUUCCUUCGAUUAUCCAAAUACAUACAGUUAUUUUUAUAAAUAUUCGGUCACCAUAAUGAUCGUAAAAUUAUCACUUCACAUAUUUAUUUAUCAUAUAUUUAUCGAAUUUAUUUUAUUGUAAUAGGUUAAAGUACUUAUUUAUAUCUACGUAGAAUAAACUAAAUUAUAACAAUUGUUUAAUAUUUUGUUGGUUGUCCCUUUUGUCUAAUUACUUCUCUUAAACGUAUGAGCAUAUUAGAAAUUAUUUUUUCUAAAUAAUUCUGCGAUAUGCAUCCUCACUUUUCUAUUAAACGAUCUUUCAAGUAUUCUUUCGUUUAUAUCGGUAUUAUUUUAAUGUUGCGAUCCAGUAAAUCCCAUAGAUUUUCUUAUUCCCAUAGCGGUAAUUGUGGAGGAAGAUGUAAUAAUUUUUGUACGUACGUGUAUUGCAAUAAAUAAUUUAACCAAUUACAACAAAAUAAAUUCAAUAAACAUAUGAUAAAUAAGUAUAUGAAGCGAUAAUUUUGGAAUCACUACGCUUUCCGAAUAUUUAUGAGACUAACUGUACUAUUGACUAUUAAACUCAAUCGAUGAUCCUCUUAUAUCGUUAGAAAAAAUAAUAUCAACUUUUCUUAUAUAAUCGUUUUUAUUUUCACAGUCUAUACCGAUUAUAAAACGAUUAAGAAAUGAUACAAUCUCUGUCGCUCAUAACUAAACAUAUUUCGUUUUAUUUAUCGUUCAAAUUUACAUACGAUUACGAUCGAUUGCAUGAAUUAGAAUUUUCUUAUUAGAGAUACUUCUAUCUAUAGUUCAUUGAUCUAUUAUAGAUAAGAAAGUAAGAUCGAUUGUACCGUUUGAAAAAAAAAAAAAUCAUAGAUAUUAUAAAAAUAGUUUCUUUAUGUUUUAUUAAUCAUCAAUUUCUUAAUGUAUUUGAGAGAGUCCGACGUAAAACUAAUUUACUGUCUAUCUGUUAGUUCACCUGUAUAAACUGAUAAAGAAAAAUAAUUAUCAGUGAACAUUACUGAAUAGUAUAAAAGGGAAGUAACUACGAAAAACGAAAUAGAUCAUGAAACGCGACACGAAAUAAAAGAACAUCUAUCAUGCUGAGGAUCGUAAUACUUUUAAUUCAUAUUUUAUUAGUCGUUGCCAGACCAACCGAAAAUGAUGUAGAAAAUGACAACACGACUGAUAUAGAAUUUUUACGCAAUAAUUGCGUUCUAUCCACGGAAUACAAGCAUGGCGAUCUUAAAGAACCACAGCCAUUGAUUCUAACUCGAAAUGGUACUGCAUCGGCGAUACUUUAUCCUAACGUUAACGGUACAUUAAAUGUGCGAGCAGGUCAGUCGAUUUAUUUGGCAUGUCCGGGAGAACGGAAUUUUAUAAAAAACAUGGAUUACGCCCAGGAAGUGAAAGCUACCUGCGUAAGGAAUAAAAUAUUUCACGUUAACGGUGAAAAUCGAAAUUUUUCAUCAUUGAUAUGUUAUCAUUUGCCUGAGCACAUUGCAAGACGUACAAAAUCGUCAUGCUAUAACAAGAAUACUCACGUGGAAAUUGGUUUCAAUCUGAGUACCAAUUUUCUACGCGUGAUAGAACUAUGUCGUAAUGAAAAAACCUAUAAUACAUAUUACACAAAAUUUAGACUGACAAAAUCGAUUGGAGGAUACCAGAGAAGUUAUCCCAGGCCGUCGAAAUGGAUGGUUGGAGAUUAUUAUGGAAAGAUAGACAUUAACUGGCAAUACAACUUCAACGAGCAGCUUAUCACACUUGCAAAACUUUUGAAUUCGAGCGAAAUAGCGAAGUCCCAUCUAACGAAAUCAAAACAGUUUUUAUCCCGUGGACAUAUGACGGCAAAGGCCGAUUUCAUUUAUGGUGCUUUACAAUCGCUUACUUUUUGGUACAUAAACGCGGCUCCUCAAUGGAUGUCCUUCAAUGCUGGCAACUGGGAAAUUCUUGAGAGCAAUGUUAGGAACUUUGCUACUGAUCGUUCUUUGGAUCUAGAUGUUUACACGGGUGUGCACGGUCAAAUGACCUUGCCCAAUGCUCGUGGCAAACAGGAAAAUAUAUAUCUCUACGUCAAUGGUACGACUAAAGCCGUUCCUGUUCCCAAAUUCUAUUGGAAAAUAAUCUACGAUCCACGAAGCCAGAAGGGUACCGCGUUUGUUGGUUUGAAUGAUCCCUUUAUCAAGUCGAUCACGGAAGAUAUCUACAUAUGCUCGGAUAUCAGUUCCACGAUCGAAUGGCUUGACUGGAGACCAAACGAUAUCAAAGCUGGUAUCUCUUAUGCGUGUACCAUCGAUGAUCUACGUGAAGCAGUACCAACCAUACCUAAAUUUAAAACCAUUGGUCUUCUAACGUAAAAAUCGAUAAGAAUAAUUUCGAAAAUAUUUGAAUACUUCGCAAAAUAAAAAGUCGAAAAGAAUAUUUACUCUAAUUGGUACGAUAUUUGGUACGAUUAUUUCCUUUGAUCUUUGAUACGUGCCGAUUACGUCUUAAAUUGAUUGACCUAAUUCCUCGACAUUCUUAUUAAUAAUUUAAAUUUUAAAGAAAGCUGUAAAUAAAUAUAUAUUGUGUUAUCGCACGUGUCGCAUCUUAU